GCUGCAAGGUGGACAAAGUGAAGAGCAACAGGCUGAUCUCGAAAAUAUUGCACGACUUCAACAGCAAAUCUAUAUGCAGCGCGCGUCGGCCGCAAUCCUUCCAACCGGAGCUAUGGGGCAGCGAGGAGAUGGAGGUGUUCAGCAAGGAGCGACAGCACAAGGACUACAGCAGGAGCAGAUGAAUGACGCCGGAGGACAAGGACAACAAGGGCAAGG